AUGCAACGUACUCAAGAGCACCAAGCCAUCCUCGACUGGCUUACUCCAAUUGACUAUGCUCUUCAACAAAGCCACCAUUUCAAUCGACGACAAAAUGGCACAGGUCAGUGGCUUCUGCACUCGCCAGAGCUCAAGGCAUGGACGGAGACCGAUCGGGAAACACUGUUUUGCCCUGGCAUUCCGGGAGCUGGGAAGACGAUUCUCACUUCAAUAGUGAUCAAUGAUUUGAUGGAUCGCUUCCAGAACGACAGCAGCACCGGUCUGGUAUACAUUUACUGUGACCUCCAGCGUCAAGAAGAGCAGAGAGCAGAUGGUCUACUUGCAAAUGUAUUGAAGCAGCUUGCUCAAUGCCAUGUCUCUUUGCCAGAAAGCCUGAAAUCUCUCCAUGACCACCAUCAGGGUAGGAGAACGCGACCAUCAUUCGAUGACAUUUGGAGCACGCUCCAGUCUGUGUCGGCUCUGUUCGCGAAAGUCUUCAUUGUUGUCGACGCCCUUGACGAAUUUCAAUCGGCAGAUUGCCGUACCAGAAUUUUGUCAGCUAUCUUUGAUCUCCAGGCGAAAUACAACGUGAAACUAUUCGCGACUUCCAGAUGGGUGGCUGAAAUUGUAGAGAAAUUUGAAGGAAGUCUGACACUGCCGAUCCGGGCUACAGAUGGCGACCUUAAAAUAUAUCUCGAUGAUCGAAUGAAGCGCUUGCAAUCAUUCAUUGUUUACGACCCUGCUCUACAAAUGAAGAUUGAAGCUAGAAUAUCCGAUAGGGCGGACGGAAUGUUUCUUUUCGCUGCACGACUCAUGGAUUCCCUGGCCGAAGAACCUACAGAAGGUCAUCUUAACCGAGCGCUAGACAGCUUGCCGGAAAAACUCAACGACACGUACGAACAGUCAAUGGGAAGAAUUGAAACUCUCGGGCGAAAUCGUGCAAGGUUGGCGAAAAAGAUUUUGUCUUGGGUCAUCCACGCGAAGAGGCUGCUUUCUACAAGGGAGAUCCGAAUCGCAGCUGCAGUUGAGCCUGGGCAGCAAGGGCUUGAAGUGGGAUUUGUUCCCAGUCCUGAGACUGUUGGAUCACUUUGUGCAGGCCUAAUAACCAUCGACACUCAACGUGAUGUUGUUCGGUUAGCUCACCAGACGACCAAAGAGUACUUCGACCAGGCGAAAGAAAAGUGGUUUCCGUCAGCAGAAUCCGAGAUUGCGGUGAUCUGCGUUACGUAUCUCUCAUUCAAUAUCUUUGCGGACGGGUUUUGCAAAACAGACAACAAAUUCGAGGAACGACUGCAGUCACAUCAGCUAUACGAUUAUGCCGCACAAAACUGGGGAUAUCACACUCGAAAGUCUUCGCAGUUAAGUCAGCCACUGAAGGACUUCCUAGCCUGUGAUGCAAAGAGCGAAGCCUCGAGCCAAGCCCUACUUGCAGUCAAAUACUCCUCAUCGCAUUCCAAUUAUAGCCAACAAGUUCCAAGGGCCAUGGCCGGGCUACACUUGGCGGCAUAUUUCGGAUUGCGAGAAGCCGUGGAGUACCUGUUGGCUGAUGGGUCUUUUCCAAACAGCAGAGACAGUUAUUAUCGAACACCGCUAUGGUGGGCUGCAUAUGAAGGGCAAAGGGACGUUGUGGAACUCCUCCUCACAGAUGACCGCAUGGAUCCGGACUCGAAGGAUAAUUACCAACGGACGCCGUUGUCGUGGGCCGCAGAAAAAGGACACCAUGAGGUGGUGAAGCUAUUUCUUGCGAGGAAAGGUGUCGACCCAAAUUCAAGAGACAAUAUCAACAAAAAAACCCCUUUG